AGAGAGAGAUCUCGCGGGAUCCGGCGGGAGGACAAGUUGGGGGAGUAUGGCGGGGACGUCGUCUAAUCUGUUAAAGAAUAAGGGUGCACUUCAGUUUGAAGACAAAUGGGAUUUUAUGCGACCCAUAGUUCUGAAGCUGCUGCGUCAGGAGGCCGUCACGAAGCAGCAAUGGUUCGACUUGUUCUCGGAUGUGCAUGCGGUUUGCCUGUGGGAUGAUAAAGGCCCUGCAAAAAUCCACCAGGCAUUAAAAGAAGACAUACUUGAUUUCAUAAAGCAAGCGCAAGCAAGAGUGUUAAGUCAUCAGGAUGACACCGCUUUGCUUAAAGCUUAUAUUGUGGAAUGGCGCAAGUUUUUCACGCAGUGCGAUAUCCUCCCCAAACCUUUCUGCCAGCUAGAGAUCACUCUAAUGGGGAAGCAAGGAAGCAACAAGAAAUCAAACGUCGAAGACAGUAUUGUGCGGAAGUUAAUGCUGGAUACGUGGAAUGAGUCUAUCUUCUCAAAUAUAAAAAACCGCCUCCAGGACAGCGCAAUGAAACUGGUCCACGCGGAGCGGUUGGGGGAGGCCUUCGAUUCGCAGCUUGUAAUCGGUGUAAGAGAGUCAUACGUUAAUUUGUGCUCCAAUCCGGAAGAUAAACUCCAGAUUUAUCGGGAUAACUUUGAAAAAGCUUACUUGGAUUCAACAGAGAGGUUUUACCGAACCCAGGCGCCUUCUUACCUGCAACAAAACGGUGUUCAGAAUUACAUGAAAUAUGCGGAUGCUAAACUGAAAGAAGAAGAGAAGAGGGCUCUGCGGUACUUGGAGACGAGGCGGGAGUGUAACUCUGUGCAGGCGUUAAUGGAAUGCUGUGUAAACGCUCUUGUGACGUCCUUCAAGGAGACUAUUUUAGCAGAAUGCCAAGGAAUGAUUAAGCGCAAUGAAACAGAAAAAUUACACUUAAUGUUUUCUCUAAUGGACAAAGUCCCGAACGGAAUUGAGCCCAUGUUAAAAGAUUUGGAAGAGCACAUUGUCAGCGCCGGUUUAGCUGACAUGGUGGCAGCUGCAGAAACCAUUACUACUGAUUCCGAGAAAUACGUAGAGCAGUUACUGACCUUGUUUAAUAGAUUCAGCAAACUAGUUAAAGAGGCUUUUCAAGAUGACCCGCGAUUCCUUACUGCUCGAGAUAAGGCGUACAAGGCUGUUGUAAAUGAUGCAACAAUAUUUAAACUUGAGUUACCUCUGAAGCAGAAAGGGGUGGGACUGAAAACACAGCCGGAGUCAAAGUGCCCUGAACUGCUUGCAAAUUACUGUGACAUGUUGCUAAGAAAAACACCGCUAAGUAAAAAGCUGACAUCAGAAGAAAUUGAAGCAAAGCUGAAGGAAGUAUUGUUGGUGCUGAAGUACGUACAGAACAAAGAUGUGUUCAUGAGAUACCAUAAAGCCCACCUCACCAGGCGCCUUAUUUUAGACAUCUCUGCUGACAGCGAAAUUGAAGAAAACAUGGUGGAAUGGCUAAGGGAAGUCGGCAUGCCCGCUGAUUACGUUAACAAGCUUGCAAGAAUGUUCCAAGAUAUUAAAGUAUCCGAAGACUUAAAUCAAUCUUUCAAAGAAAUGCAUAAAAACAAUAAAUUGGCUUUGCCAGCCGAUUCUGUGAAUAUUAAAAUAUUAAAUGCCGGCGCCUGGUCACGAAGCUCUGAAAAGGUCUUUGUAUCCCUCCCUACUGAGCUUGAAGAUCUCAUUCCUGAAGUAGAAGAGUUUUACAAGAAGAACCACAGCGGUAGAAAGCUGCACUGGCAUCAUCUCAUGUCAAACGGCAUCAUUACCUUUAAGAAUGAGGUUGGACAGUACGACCUGGAGGUGACCACGUUUCAGCUGGCCGUUCUGUUUGCUUGGAACCAGAGGCCUAAGGAGAAAAUUACCUUUGAAAAUCUUAAACUUGCAACAGAGCUUCCAGAUGCAGAGCUAAGGAGGACUCUCUGGUCUCUUGUAGCUUUCCCGAAGCUGAAGCGGCAAGUCCUAUCAUACGAACCGCCGGUGAACUCCCCAAAAGACUUCACGGACGGCACCCUCUUUUCUGUGAACCAGGAGUUCAGCUUAAUAAAAAAUGCAAAAGUUCAGAAAAGAGGAAAGAUCAACUUAAUAGGGCGCUUGCAGCUGACCACAGAAAGAAUGCGGGAGGAAGAAAAUGAAGGCAUUGUCCAGCUGAGAAUAUUGAGAACACAGGAAGCCAUCAUUCAAAUAAUGAAGAUGAGGAAGAAAAUCACCAACGCCCAGCUCCAGACUGAACUUGUAGAAAUUUUGAAAAACAUGUUCUUGCCCCAGAAGAAAAUGAUAAAAGAGCAAAUCGAGUGGCUCAUAGAACACAAAUACAUCCGCAGAGAUGAGUCUGAUAUCAACACCUUCAUAUACAUGGCAUAAUCCAGAGACCUGUCCUCCCUAUGGAAAGCAUGAAACGUACUCUGGGCAGGUUAUCGCAAAUGUUUAUGCUAAAAGCCAACUCCUCCAGACUUACAUUGCAUAAAUAUUGCAGCCCCUGCCUCACCUUAACAACUUUAAGUAUUUCUUUUGAGGUUUGCCAAUUUCAUUCUGCCAGCAUGACAGCGUUCCCUCCAUGUUGCUUUUACCAGCAUGCUGUUUUAACGAACACAACGCUUUCUGGAGAACACAGCCGGAGUUUGUAAAGUAGAUUUCUUUUUGCUGGAACCAGAAGCAUCGUGUUUUAUUUUUUGUUUUUGUUUUGUUUUUUUGUUAAAAUGCACCUGUCAUACAACCAUGAUUUUUGAAGUUCUUGAAAGAACGACAUGUUUUUGAUUGUACACUAGGAAAGCCAAGUGGCUAGCAAAUGUAUUGAUCAAAAAGGUAUUUUAACCCAGGGUCUAUGUGCGCAUCUGUAGAUCGUUUCCAAGUAAUUGUUACCGCUGAACGAGAAGUAAGUGUAUUGGAUUCUCCCAGCGUAUCGUGGGGUCAGUAGCCGUGCACUACCCACUCGUUGGCGCAGACUGGAUCACGAUGUUCUUUUGACUGUACAUUUGCUUACAGAUCGUGUGUUUUGACCUUCGAAGAGCAGACCUGUCACUUUAAAGAAUUCGGGUCCUGGGGAAGGGGACAUCACUGUGCACUGAUGAACUGUUACUUUCUUUCUCUUUUUUUUUUAAGUGUUAAACCUAAGAAUUGGCACUUUUCACCUUGGAGUAUGACAUUGACUGAACGUUAUCUAUGGAUCCUUGCUGCACAGUUGUUGUGAAUCUUUUAUGCAUAUCAUAAUUUAAAUGGUUUGUAAUAGUAAAAAAUGUUGACCCCC